AUGGACCAGGAAAAGAUAUACGACGAGACGGUCGAGGAUGUCAAGUCCGCGGUUUCCGUGCCAGACAUAGAUCCAAAGGCUGAGAAACGACUCCUACGGAAACUUGACAUCCAUGUCGUUCCUAUUCUCAUGUUUUUGUUCUUACUCGCCUUCCUUGAUCGUAUAAAUAUCGGUAAUGCGCGAAUCCAAGGUCUCGAAAAGGAUUUGGGCAUGGAGGGACAUGAUUACAACAUCGCACUGUUUAUCUUCUUCAUUCCCUAUAUCCUUUUCGAGGUUCCUAGCAAUCUCUUUUUGAAAAAGGUAUCUCCAUCUUGGUGGUUGAGUGGGAUUAUGUUUUGCUGGGGCGUUGUUACAACAUGCCAAGGUGUUGUGAAGGGCUUCGGUGGCCUCGUUGCGUGUCGAUUCUUGCUCGGCUGCAUCUACUUGAUUGCUAUGUACUAUAAGCGCCACGAGUUGCAAUGGCGAUUCAAUAUUUUCUUCAGCGCUAGUAUUAUGGCAGGUGCAAUCAGUGGACUUCUUGCUUAUGGAAUAGCCCAGAUGGACGGUGUCGGAGGAUACAGCGGCUGGCGCUGGAUCUUCAUCAUCGAAGGUCUACUUACAGUAUUCACUGGAAUUGCUGCGAAAUUCCUCGUCGUCGAUUGGCCCGAAACAUCUAGUUUCCUAAAUGAUGAGGAACGUGCUUUGCUGCUUCGACGUCUAUCGGAAGACCGUGGUGAAGCGCAAAUGAAUCGCUUUGACAAGCCGGCAAUCAAGCGCACAUUCUCAGAUGUCAAGAUCUAUCUUGGUGCUAUUAUGUAUUUUGGAAUUGUCAAUACGGGCUACGCAACAUCGUUCUUCACCCCAACCAUCCUCCGCCAGCUUGGCUGGACAUCUGUCCGAGCUCAAGUAAUGAGUAUUCCGAUCUACAUCGUUGCAACAGUAAUUGCACUAGCUACAGCCUUCGUUAGCGACCGACUUCGCCAUCGAUUCACAUUCACAUUGAUCGGAUGUGUCAUCGCCACAAUUGGGUACAUUAUUCUCAUAUGUCAGGAGUCAGUGCCAGUCGGUGCCCGAUAUUUCGCCCUAUACGCGAUCACGGGUGGAGGAUAUAUGACGCAGCCGAUUUUGUUGGGCUGGGUUAGUAACAACAUGGCUGGGCACUAUAAGCAAUCUAUCGCCUCAGCCAUGCAGAUCGGCUUCGGUAACUGUGGCGGUCUGGUGGCUAGCAAUGUCUUCUUUAACUCGGAGGCUCCAACAUACAAAACUGGGUUUGGUGUCAGUCUAGGGAUGGUAUGGAUCUGUGGUCUGGCAUGUACUGUGUUCAUUGGUUAUGUAUACCGUGAAAAUCGGCUACGUGAGCAGGGUAAGAGGGAUCAUCGAUACCAUUGGCCCAGAGAGGAACUUGAGAAUGCUGGGGAUGAUCACCCCAGUUUCCGGUUUACUUAUUAA